UUGAUUAUUAUCAACGCUUGCAGCUCCCUUGUGGCUUGCGUCUUGAACUUCUUGAUCAUUUUGACUUUUGUCAAGACGCCAUCAAUGCGGAGACCUUCGUAUAUUCUUAUUCUUUGUUUAGCCAUCGCUGACUUUGGUGUUGGUGUUAUGGUGCAACCGGUUUAUUGCGUUGAACUGUUUGCCAAAAUGAGAGCAUAUGAAUCAAUUUUUUAUGCGACCUCAGCUUUUCGAGAAGGCAGUUCAUGGGUAAUAGGAGCUWCGUCUUUCCUGACRAUUACYGCCAUCACCAUCGACCGGUUUCUUGCUAUUCACUUGCAUCUGAGAUAUCAAGAACUUGUUACAACCAAGCGAUCGUKUAUAGUUGUAAUCRCUAUUUAUGUCAUUAGUCCGUUUGGGGUUUUUGCAAUGUGCGUUCAGUGCGUUGCUGAAAAAAUUAUUGUUGGAGUUUUGGUGUGUCUGGUGGCGUUGAACAUAGUAAUAAUGGUGAAGAUUUCUCGAGCUGUAAGUAAGCAUUCUGCAAACAUUAACGCGCAAAAGCAAUCAGUACGCGAAAGUUUGAACCUUCCACGUUACAAGAAAACAGUCAACACAAUGCACUAUAUCAUGGGUACGUUUGCAAUUUGCUUUAUUCCAGUUGCUAUUUCGAAUAUAACUCAAAGUGCUGUGGGAUAUGAAGAACUAUCGAUUUACCAUCGAACCGCAAUGCAUAUAACUAACACUAUAUGGUUGUUAAACAGUGCUUUGAAUCCAGUCAUCUACUGCUGGAGAAURCAAGACAUGCGAAAUGCUGUCGUGAAGGUGGUUCGAAAUAUUCGAUGUCUGCAUCAUGAACAAUAAUAACAGAAACAAA